UUCUUUGUCAUUGUCUUUCUCACCAAACUUUCCUCCUUUGACCUCUGACGGCCAUGAAAAAUAUGGUCGUUGAGCUUUUCAAACUCCAUUCUACAAAACCCAUUUCUCCUUUUUCCUUAGAUCUUUAUAUUUCUCUUCUUACUUCAAUUUUUUUGCUUCAUUUCUUCAUAUUACUUCUAAAGCUAUGAACUUGAAGAACCCCAGAAUUUCUUUUGGUUUCUUUGUUUUAGUUCUUGUGGGAUUGAGCUGGGAUCAGUUUGUUUACAGCCAGAACGUGGAUGCCAAUCAGCUUGCUAGCCCCGCAGCACUUCCAUUUAUCUUGUCCAUGGCCAAUGGUCAGCUCUCCAAUUUGAGUUCAAUCAUCAACACAGAACUCAGUAGCCGCUUCCGUUUUUGCUCCAGGGAUACGAAUGCUGAUUGGAACAAAGCGUUUAACUUUUCCUCUAACCUGGAGUUCUUGUCUUCUUGCCUACAGAAGACCAAUGGAGAUUUCACAAAGCGUCUGUGUACUGCAGCAGAAAUCAACUUUUACUUUGACAGUAUCAUUCUUCAAAAUCCUGCAAGUGGUUCCUUCUUGAAACUUAACAAGAAUUGUAAUUUGACAUCAUGGGCUUCUGGUUGUGAGCCAGGAUGGGCAUGCGGUGUCGGUCCUGAUCAGCACAUCGAACUUAGUAAUUCCCAGCAAAUCCCUUCAAGAAUGCAAGAUUGCCAACCUUGUUGUGAGGGUUUCUUUUGUCCUCAGGGUCUUACAUGCAUGAUACCAUGCCCUUUAGGAUCCUAUUGUCCCCUUGCCAAGUUGAAUGUGACAACUGGAGUAUGCGAACCAUAUCUUUACCAGCUACCGCCCGGGCGGCUGAACCAUACCUGUGGAGGAGCAAAUAUGUGGGCUGAUGUUGGUCGUAGCAGUGAGAUGUUCUGUUCAGAUGGAUCAUUUUGUCCAACAAGCACCCAAAAACUCCCUUGUGAUACUGGAUAUUACUGCAGAAUGGGUUCAACUUCUCAGAAUAGAUGCUUCAAGCUUACUUCAUGUGAUGCAAACUCCACAAAUCAGAAUAUUCAUGCUUAUGGAGUAAUGCUUUUGGUGGCUUUGAGCACUUUGCUACUCAUAAUUUACAAUUUCUCCGACCAAGUUCUCGCUGCUAGAGAGAGGAGACUUGCUAAGUCAAGGGAGGCAGCAGCAAAAAGUGCUCGGGCAACAGCAAAAGCACAACAAAGGUGGAAAGCUGCAAAAGAUGCUGCAAAAAAGCAUGCUAGUGGUUUGCAAGUUCAACUAUCACGAAAGUUUUCACGUGUGAAGAACUCGGAUGCAGAAAAAUUUAAGAUUUUGAAUCAAACCGAAUCUGAAACAGAAGAUGAUUUAUCAAGUUCGCCUUCACAUAUCCCAACCACGUCAUUGGCUUCGUCUGAGCACAUAGAAGGAAGAAAAGAUAAGCAGACUGAUCUCAUGAGGAUAAUACAUGAAAUUGAAAAAGAGCCUGAUGGCCAUGAAGGCUUUCAUUUUGAAUCUGGGGGAGAUGGUAUUGAGAAACAUAUGCCAAAGGGAAAGCAUUCAAGCACUCACAGCCAGAUUUUUAAGUAUGCUUACGUGCAACUUGAGAAAGAAAAGGCUCAGCAACAAGAGGACCGGAAUCUUACUUUCUCCGGUGUAAUUAAAAUGGCAACUAAUCCUGAGAAUAAAAGGCGUCCUCCUAUUGAAGUUUCUUUUAAAGACCUAAACCUUACUUUGAAAGCAAAAAACAAGCAUCUGUUGAGGUGUGUCACUGGAAAUAUCAAGCCUGGCCGGAUUACUGCUGUCAUGGGCCCAUCUGGGGCUGGAAAAACAACAUUUCUUUCUGCUUUGGCUGGAAAAGCAAUUGGAUGCAAGACUACAGGUUCUAUUCUAAUAAAUGGAAAGAAUGAAUCAAUUCUGUCCUAUAAAAGAAUUAUGGGUUUUGUGCCUCAAGAUGAUAUCGUACACGGGAACUUGACAGUGGAAGAGAAUCUAUGGUUCAGUGCAAACUGCAGGCUUUCUGUGGACUUAUCCAAAGCGGAUAAAGUUCUCAUUGUUGAAAGGGUUAUUGAGUUCUUGGGGCUCCAGACUGUGCGAAACUCCUUGGUCGGGACAGUGGAAAAGCGGGGAAUCUCUGGAGGUCAAAGGAAGAGGGUGAAUGUCGGCUUAGAAAUGGUGAUUGAGCCUUCAGUUUUGCUUUUAGAUGAGCCAACGUCUGGUUUGGAUAGUUCUUCUUCCCAACUGCUUCUUAGAGCACUCAGGAGAGAAGCUCUUGAAGGUGUUACCAUCUGCAUGGUGGUUCAUCAACCAAGCUACACCUUAUUCAAAAUGUUCGAUGAUUUGGUUCUUCUUGCAAAAGGCGGUUUUACCGUUUACCAUGGACCAGCAAGGAGGGUUGAAGAAUACUUUGCUGGCCUUGGAAUCAAUGUCCCAGAGCGCGUUAACCCUCCUGAUCACUUCAUUGAUAUUCUGGAGGGUAUAGUGACACCUAAUGCAGAUAUUAGCUAUGAAGAGCUUCCUGUUAGAUGGUUGCUUCAUAAUGGUUACCCAGUACCAGCAGAUUUGCAGCAGAAAUCAGUCAGACACACUACGAGCUCAACAGAUGUGGAGCAAAUUAAUGGAACAAGAAACCGUGUUCCUGUCGAGCGACAACCUUCUUUAGCUGGGGAGUUGUGGCAGGGCAUGAGAAGUAAUGUUGAGGAGCAUCAUGACAAAUUAAGAAUGCAUUUGAAGACCAAAGAUCUGUCCCAUCGAAAAACUCCUGGCAUACUUAAACAGUACAGAUAUUUUCUUGGGAGAAUUGGUAAGCAGCGAUUACGGGACUCAAAAAUACAAGUAAUAGAUUAUUUGAUCUUACUUCUUGCUGGUGCUUGCCUUGGAUCUAUUUCAAAUGUGAGCGACCAGUCAUUUGGUGUUAGUGGCUAUGCUUUCACCGUCAUUGCAGUUUCCCUUUUAGGAAAAAUUGCAGCUUUGAGAACAUUUUCUUUGGAUAAGUUAGAGUAUUGGAGAGAGAGUUCUUCCGGGAUGAGCAGUUUGGCUUAUUUUCUCGCAAAGGACACGGUCGACCAUUUCAAUACAGCGAUUAAGCCGUUGAUGUAUCUCUCUAUGUUCUAUUCCUUCACAAACCCAAGAUCGUCCUUUACAGAUCAUUAUGUUGUUUUACUCUGCCUUCUGUACUGUGUCACUGGCAUUGCUUACGCUUUGGCCAUCCUCUUUCAGCCAGGUGCAGCCCAACUGUGGUCAGCCAUUCUUCCUGUUGUUUUAACCCUCUUUAUAACAAGGACUCAAACUAGUUCAGCAUUGAAGACUCUGUCUGAUCUUUGCUACCCCAAAUGGGCUGUGGAAGCAUUGGUGAUUUCAAAUGCUGAAAGGUAUGAUGGAGUGUGGCUGAUAACUCGCUGUGGAGCUUUGAAUGGAAGUGGGUUUGACCUUCAUGACUGGGGCCUGUGCCUACUCCUUCUAAUGAUCACAGGUGUGAUUUUUCGGAUAUUUUCGUAUAUUUGUAUGUUGAUCUUUCGAAGAAAGUGAUGCCUUAACUGCGCGAUUAGUCCCCUCUGCCAUUUUCUUCAAGUAGCUAGCAAUCUAGAGCAACAAUACACCAUUUUCAGGCACCUCAAAAGUGUUGGAUUUACCUUUAACAAGAAGAUCCAAUUCCUGUUGUAUAUAUUUCAUAUACUGAUUCAUAUUCUUUCGUUUGGCUAUGUUGCCUCUUCAGGCUGAUUCAUUGUAUUCUUACGGUGAAAGUUUUUUAGAUAAGCCAAACCAUGUUUCUUUCUUUGUAUAUUUUAUCUAUAGUAGUAGUUACUUACCAUUGAACACAAAUAAUGUAACACGUUAGAAAUAUUCAACCAUCAAAUAUUAUCAAUUUGAGUUU